UCGUCGCUGCGAGCAUCGUCGCCUUAGUCGCGAGCUUGCGCUGCAAUCGCAUCGAGCAACGAACGACGAGCGUGAACAGUGCUUCAGCAGCUCCCGAGGCCGAAUGGUUGGCCUCGCCAACCCCUAAAUCGGUCGAUCUCUCUCUCUCUCUCUCUUUCGCUCUGGUACUGCUACUUCCGGUUCACGACCGCCCUGAGCGCCGCCCGGUCGCGUGCAGCCCUUCACGACGGUUACCGCGGGAAAGGGACCGCCUGAUCGUCCAAGGAUAUACCCCUAAUCGUGCAAGGAUACCGACGCCAACAUGAGGCGCGCUUACGUUCUCGUCAUUUGCCUGUUGGUCAUUCUUGGCUUUUAUGGUAUACACGGGAUGCAAUGUUACUUAUGUAACAGCCACAACGACAGUCGAUGCGCCGACGAGAAUCCUCCGGAUGCCCUUAAGAAAGAUUGCUCCGACCUCAAGGACGGCGCAAAGUACACGAUGUGCCGAAAGAUUACGCAAGUCAUUGAGUUUAGCGUUAAUGGACUUCCAGCUGACACCCGGGUCAUAAGAGGUUGCGGAUGGGACGAGUCCAAUUACAAAGGAAGAUGCUACCAGCGAAGCGGUUUCGGCGGACGUCAGGAAGUUUGCUCGUGUUUGACAGAUUACUGCAACGCGGCGAGGCCGAGCGUUCUGCCGCCGACAUCUUUGAUUCUGUCGUGCGUUCUAGGCAGCGUUCUGCUGGCAUUCAUCCGUAAUUAGAAUGUUGACGCGCUCCCCGAACAGCCAACGAAGGGAUGCGCUCGAGAUCGUUAGUACCUAACACGCAGCAUCGACCUCGCAUAUACUCGAGAAACGGACAAAAGAGACAGGCUGACAGGACAAUGGACUCCAGAGGAAGUACUUUUGAUCUCUCGUCGCUGAUAAAGAUGGACGCGCCCGAGCAGCCAUUUUACGAACGCGAGUUUUCCGUUUUAUAUCCUGGAAACUGAACGCUGGCGAUCAAGGGAGCACGUGUAAGGAUUACACGGCCGAUUGAUGAUUCGAUCUGAAAGUAUAGAAACGUUACGGUAAUUUUAGAGAGAAAAACAAAUACGCGCACGCUGUUUCAGGUUUCGGUCAGAGUUGCGAAACAAAUUGGGCCCAAUGAGAGAUAAUCAUGAUUAAGAAUAAUUAUCGUCGAAUAUUUAAUGUGUUCCAACGAAUGUCCGUAGAGAGGCAUUCGGAGAACGGUAUGGUUUUUUCGUACUUUUUGCAAAAAAAAAAAAUAUACAGCCUGGCGAUCGUACCUCCGAUCGUUGCAUUGAUUCUUCUCGGGAAACUUCAACUUAGGUGCUGAAGGUGUUGACGGCGGUCACAUUGUGUUCACUCGACAAAUUUUUCUGCGUAGAGCUUAAGAAUGAUAUUACGCACGCAACAAUCGCGCAACUUGUUGAGAAUCUUGUCGUGACAAUGUUCGCGGAACGAAACAUCUGUACGAUAUAUACAUAUAUCUAUAUAUAUAUGUUUUUGUGCGAAGCGAGGAAAAUAUAUAAGGGUUGUCG